GCAGCUGGAAAUGAUGAAGCUCCAAGUCACCGUUCCAUUGGCUGUUCUUCUCAGCGUGUGUACUAGCGCUCCUAUCUUACAGCCACGACUCGGAAUAAUCGCAAGUAACAGCAAUGAGGUCUUGCGUGUGAAUGGAAUCACCCUUGCUGGCCUUGGCAUGGGCCAAGCACAGGGAACACCUUUUCUAUCGCCAUUCCUGUUCCAGACGCAGCCCGAAAUCCUGCUGCCUCCCCAGUUUCUGAACUUUGGCCCUCAGCUGCCUGGACCCUUCCUACCACCACAGCAGAACCAAGUGCCCCCAGUAUUGCUGCCUCCCAAUCAGCAGGAACAGCAGAUAGCUCUUAACCCCAACAGCCCCCCACUGAACCAAAAGCCUGUCCAGGUGCUUCCUCAGUUCUACCCCUUCGCUCAAGGAUCAGGCGGACAGGCCUUUCCGUAUUAUCUGACCUACGGUUUCCCUCCAAGGAACCCACUAGUUCCACCUCCAAGGAACCCACUACUUCCACCCAACCAAAGAACAGCCUCACAGAACUCAGUGAGGCCAACUCCAGCACCCCCACAGCCUGUCCAGGAUCCUGCUUUCUCCUUUUUUGAACCAUAGACUUUAAUGGAAAA